AUGGACGCAGCCCUCUUCACAGCGGCCGCCACAUCCGCCUCUCCAUCCAUCACCAGCAUGCGCAACAUCGUACCCAGCCGAGCAGUCUACCUCUCCCCGACGCCCUUCUCCUCCCACCUGAUCCCAAAUACCUCGUUCCCGCCGCCGCUCGUAUACAUCGACACAACACAGGGUGCCGUCGUCGCGUUGUACGUUCUCGGGCCCCAGCUCGCCGGGCACCCGAACAUACUGCACGGUGGCGCGUCCGCUGCCCUCGUCGACGAGGUCAUGGGCCGCGCGGCCGUCGAGCGCCUGCCUGCUCGCAAGGUCGCUGUGACUGUCACGCUGGAGGUCACAUACAAGGCUCCUGUGCUCUUGGAUGCCGAGGGGGGUUGGGGGGUGGUGGCCAUUUGUGCGCAUGUGCAGACCGCGGCGGGACGGGUUGCGCAAGUAGUUGGCUCUGUAGAGAAUGUAAAGACUGGACAGAAGCUUGUUGAGGCUCGCGGGACUUUUGUAGAGCCUAGGGGACUAUAA